AUGCGGCCAUUGCCAACUGACACAGUGGUCACACGACUUCAUGGCUUGCAAGCACGGCUGGCCGCAGGAGCUACCGACGACGGGCCGUACGCGCCGCCAUGGUCGCGCUGCUGUUCAAGAACGACGAGGAGAGAAGAGAAUGAGGAUAUUUCGCUAGGGUUCGGCUUCGGGCACUUCUAUGCUGGCCGAUUUUUGGGGCUAAUAGCGGAUUUUUUCAUCUUAGCGUUUAAAGGCCGUAGCUGUAGCGUCGAGUCCCUCCGGCCGGCUAUAGCCGGCUAUAGCCGCGCUAUAGCCGGCUAUUUUAAACUUUGCUCACCGGACUUCCACAAUAUACGGAUCUUCCAGGGAAUUAGCCCAGUUAGCUCGGCAAACUCAAUGCACACAUUGAAGGUUUUGGCUCUCAGGUCUUCCGGCCAUGGACUGCACACAGUUCUUAACGUUCUCAGGGGGUUCCCUUGCUUGGAAAGGCUCUAUGUUAUUUUUUACAAACACCAUGAGAUGGAUAAGAAAAACGAGGCUUGGCACGACCCACUAUUUCCAAUCGAAUGCCUUCAGACCUAUCUAAGAAAGGUGGUGUUCAAGUCAUACGUAGGCUAUGACGAGCAGCAGGUUGGCUUUGUGAGGUUCUUUGUUUUGAAUGCGAGAGUGCUAAACAAAAUGGAGUUUGAAGGAUAUGGCGACUACAACAACGAAUCGGUGGCUCGUCAACGCGUGCUGCUACAAGUGGAAAACAGAGCUUCCCGAGAUGCUCAAUUUGAAUUCAGGAGUAAUUGUUAUUGGACUGAUAGCCAGAUCAACAAGUGUAUCCAUGAUUUCUCAGUAGCCGACCCCUUCAGACAUCCAUAGACAGGGUUGGAGCCUGAAGAUUAUACUAUAUGUAGACGGUGUUGAUGCCUGAAGAUUCUACUGCCCUCCACACAUAUGUCUGCUCUAUUUCAGGUCUAAAGUUUCUCAGUAAUUCUUGUAGCUUAUGAACUCACCCCUGUUAAAACUGCACGUGAUAUUUUUUGGAUGCUAAAUUUUACUGCUGAAAAGUUCUAAUGUGCAGGGAUGAUAAAAAAAGUGUGCAAAGUUGUAGCUGUGAGGGAGCUGGUAAUCCAGCUGCCAAAACACCUCUUGCCCUGUACAACUUGGUCCUAAGCUGGGCAAGAAACGCAUGUUUGUGUUGCUAACUGAGUUGUCUUUUCAGUAAUAUGUACAACUACUAUCUGAAGUUUAGUUGGUGAUAAUAUUCUUUGCGUGCGCACACAUUUGUUUGAUGCUUUUUCUAGUUAGUGUUAGGUUGAAUUUUUUAUGCGCUACUCAUCAUGUCUCUGCCUGCAACGGAAACAUGAUUCGGUUUGAACCCG